AUGCAUAUCAAAUCGAACAUCGCCCUCCUCCUGGCACUGGCGCUCGCAUGCAGCUCCGCCGUCAACGCACAAUGCAUCCCGCCCUUCUGCCCAGCUCCUACUACUACAACAACAACAACAGCCACGCAUGAGCCAACCACCUCAGCAGUGACGACUUCAGCUCCAACGACGGCACCGUCGGUACCACCACCAACCACACCGGCCACUCUGACCCCCCCGGCCGCCAACACUACGAGUUCCGCCCCCCCUGUUACCUCGACCGACAUCACAAAGCCCAAGACCCCGAUCGUGACUACCACACUGUCAUCAACCCUGAUCAGCACCACAUCCACCGCUCCUCCUGCUGCGACCUCAUCCUCAUCGAGUAGCAGCGGUAGUACUGCAAACCUAACCACGGCUGGUAUUGUCGUGGGCUCUGUGGUCAUUGCUGCAGCCAUUGGUAUCUGGGUCUUUAGAAAGUGGAAGCUUUCGCCCUCGCGCGAUUUCCAGUCCAAGAUUCGUGGAGACGACUAUACUGAUUAUCCCCGCAGCUACGAGUCCGACACUGUGCACCUGCGCCAGUUGGGAGAUCAGCCCUCAGAGCCAGCGGCGAUCAAGUCACCGUACACCGCCAACACUGCGUUCCCGAGCUCGAUGGAUGAUCAGUAUUAUGACCCGAACUAUGCUGCCGGCAAGGACCAAGGAGGAUAUAAUCAGGGUGGAUAUGGUGGUGGACAUGGCUAUGAUCACGGAUACAAUGACCAUGGCAAUUAUGGACACGGACAUGGCGACUAUGCGGCGACGCAGGUCGGCGGCGGUGGUGGGUAUGGACACGGAGACUAUGCGCCAUCGCAGGCCGGCGGCGGAUACGCUCCUUCGCAGGCCGGUGGUGGAUACGCUCCUUCGCAGGCCGGAGGAUAUAACCAGGGUGGGUAUGCACACUCGAACGUCGGAGGUGGAUACCAGCAUGGAUACUAG